CUCGGCUUCAGUAUCAUUUAAAAUAACACAGAGUCCAUGGCUGCCCCUGCAAACAUCACAUGCAUGUGGAUGUUGGUUCUGGGUGCGUGUGUGUCGCUGGUGGUUGGAACGGACUGCGGGAAAGAGUGUGCACUGUGUGUGUACCGUCUGCUGGGACAGCAAUCUGGAUUUUCCUCUCUGACAUGCUCACUUGAGUGCGAGGGUGGGUUGGACAGCCAGAAGCUUCGCCUGUGCCAGGACCUCCUAUUAGAGGAGGAAAACCACAUUCCUCUGGAAGCUGACCCCCAUCAACAGCAGGAACAGGAAGCACUGGCCACCAUGACGGCUGUCGACGAGGAUGUGACAUCACCAGAACACCAGCUGGCCAAGAAGUACGGCGGCUUUAUGAAGCGCUACGGUGGUUUCAUGUCUCGCCGCUCCUCCUCUCCAGAGGUGGCACUAGAGGAUCCUGGAAACCAGGACGAGGAAGAAAACGUUCGUCUGGAGAUCCUAAAGAUUCUCAAUGCAGCAGCGGAGCACGGCACUGAGGGGGAUAGUCAGGGAGGCCAGGCAGUGAAGAGGUAUGGAGGCUUCAUGCGUCGGGCUGAUGGAGGGGCGGUGCAGAGCGACCUGCUGGAGGCGGUGUUAGGCCGUGGCCUUAAGAAGCGCUACGGAGGGUUCAUGAGGCGUGUGGGCAGGCCUGAGUGGCUGGUGGACAACAGCAAGAGUGGGGGGGUCUUGAAACGGGCUUGGGAGAACGGAAGUGAGUUACAGAAGAGGUACGGUGGGUUCAUGGACUAGUAUGCCACAGUUGAUGACCCUUCCCCCCCCCCCGUCCCUCCAAACCCUCACCUUGUAGUCUGGACUUGUUGGUGUUUGAAUCAACUGGCCACCCGCUCUGCUAAUUACAUUGCAUCAUCUGGCUCUCUAUAACGUGCUGCUGCCUACUUCAUUGGUUCAAUUGGUCCUGUAAUAAUAAAAAAGAUAAACAUAUAUUGUUCAGAUGUACACAAAUCAUUUUUUGGUCUGUUUUUGG